UGCACAGCAAUGAAGGACAAUUGUGGCCAGAGCGAGCCUCCUUUAGGCUGACUGACGCCACUCGUGACUCAGCGCUGGGAGAGCUUUGAAAGUGACCCCUGGACAGUGUCAUGGUCAGCAGGCAGGAUAGAGAUCGACCCCUGGACAGUGUCACGGUCACCAGGCAGGAUAGAGAUCGACACUGGACAGUGUCAUGGUCACCAGGCAGGAUAGAGAUCGACCCCUGGACAGUGUCACGGUCACCAGGCAGGAUAGAGAUCGACCCCUGGACAGUGUCACGGUCAGCAGGCAGGAUAGAGAUCGACCCCUGGACAGUGUCAUGGUCACCAGGCAGGAUAGAGAUCGACCCCUGGACAGUGUCACGGUCACCAGGCAGGAUAAAGAUCGACCCCUGGACACUGUCAUGGUCACCAGGCAGGAUAGAGAUCGACCCCUGGACAGUGUCAUGGUCAGCAGGCAGGAUAGAGAUCGACCCCUGGACAGUGUCACGGUCACCAGGCAGGAUAGAGAUCGACCCCUGGACAGUGUCACGGUCACCAGGCAGGAUAGAGAUCGACCCCUGGACAGUGUCAUGGUCACCAGGCAGGAUAAAGAUCGACCCCUGGACAGUGUCAUGGUCACCAGGCAGGAUAGAGAUCGACCCCUGGACAGUGUCACGGUCACCAGGCAGGAUAGAGAUCGACCCCUGGACAGUGUCAUGGUCACCAGGCAGGAUAAAGAUCGACCCCUGGACAGUGUCAUGGUCACCAGGCAGGAUAAAGAUCGACCCCUGGACAGUGUCAUGGUCACCAGGCAGGAUAAAGAUCGACCCCUGGACAGUGUCAUGGUCACCAGGCAGGAUAGAGAUCGACCCCUGGACAGUGUCACGGUCACCAGGCAGGAUAGAGAUCGACCCCUGGACAGUGUCACGGUCACCAGGCAGGAUAACCUUUUGACAACAGAGGUUUUUUCAAGCAUGUCCAGACAAUGAGAACAUCCAAACCAAGGCACACUUCUGCACCAACAAUCCCUCCCUCCUAGUUCAGUGUUACACACUAAACCAGGGCUGCCCAACCCUGUUCCUGGAGAUCUGCUGUCCUGUAGGUUUUCUCUCCAACUCUAAUUUAGCGCACCU